AUGAUUUGCAAUAAUGACACAUUUAAGAUGUUUACCAUCAAAAAAAUAAUUUAUGAAAAUGAAAAUCAAAAAAUUUACUUAGCUAACAUUAAAGAUAAGUUCAAAGUAAUUGUACUUAAAGUUGAAAUUGAUGAUCAAAAAUGCCUUUAAACUUAAUACAAAAUACUUAACUUUUUAAAAUUUGUUUUGGGAGUGCCAUAAAUACUGAACUACGGUUUUACUGUUGAUGAAAAGUAUAUAUCAAAUAUAUUUGAGGUUUUAUUAUUCUAUAGACUAUUAUGAUAAAUCUGUUUCAAAUAUUUUAAAAUAAUACGGAACUUUAAGUCUAUAAUCAGUGUUAUCAAUAGGAUUAUCAUUACUUAGAAUUUUAAGUGCUAUUCACAGAUAAGAAAUUAUUUAUAGUAAUAUUUGUCCAGAAAAUAUUGUAUUUUCUAAAGAAGGUUUAGAUCAUGAUUCUAAAAUUCAUUUAAUUGGUUUUGGUUAAGCAUUUUUAAAAUAUGAUAAGCCAAAAAAAAUUUUAAAUAAAGACUUUUUUCCUUAUUAAUCCUGCUUAUCUCACAAUAAUCAUAUACUUUAUAAGAAGGAUGAUUUAGAAAGUUUGGGAUAUCUCUUAAUAAAAUUAAGAAAAGGUAUAAUUAUAUAUAAAAUUUGUAGGAACUUUACCAUGGGAAUUAUUGCCUCAAUAAUUGAUGAAUAAGAAGAAAUUUGAAUGUUUGAAAUCAAACGAAAUAUUUAAGGGACUUCCAUAUGAAUUUAGAUUGUACUUUAAAUAACUUGAAUAAUGUAAUGAUGAACCAAAACAUUAAUAUUUCAUUAAAUUACUAAAUGCAAUUAUGUUUAAAUAUUGCAAGACAACUCGACAUUGCAUUUAAGAACUAAAUUAAUUAACUCCAAUAUCUGAAGCUUCAGUUGAAACAAUAACAUCAAUAGAUAGUUUAUAUCUCUCUCGACGAUCUGCAAUGCUUUCAAAUGUGAGUAGUGUAAAUUUGUUAACGAAUACUGAAUUAGACUCAUCUAUUGAAGAAAAGCUGAAGAAAUUAGAGUUGAUAACUAAAUAAUAUAAAUUAAUCAGUAACUUAUGA